ACACUUGAGUGUCUCAUCUGGUCCUCACAGCAGCCCUCACCAUGACAACAUUUGACUUCUCGGAUAUAGAGGCGUUCUUGGACUGCCACCCGGAUCUCUUCGAGGAGUAUCUCGUUCGGAAGGCGAAAUGCGAUCAGGUUAGCAGGUGGUUGAAGGAGCAUCAGCCGUCCAAAGUGUCCGCGGCCGAGGAGAAGCGCGGCGCCGCCAGGGACUCGCUCUGGCCGAGCAACCCGGACGGGCUCCGGCGCAGGUCGUCCCACAUGGAACUGAGACGCAACUUCGCCCGAUCCAAAGCCACAACCGCGCACCGGACCUACGACGAGCAUGUGAGCCUGAGCGAACACGAGUCCCAGUCCAGCAUGAGGCGCCGCGCGCUCCUGCGCAAAGCCAGCUCCCUGCCUCCGACCACCGCGCACAUCCUGAGCGCCCUGCUGGAGUCCAGGGUCAACGUGCCUCAGUAUGCGUCCAGCGCCAUCGACUACAAAUACAGGCUCAGGGAGACCAACGAGAGGGAGUUCUUCUUGGAGUUAGUGAAGGACAUCUCCAACGACUUGGACCUGACAAACCUGAGCUACAAGAUCCUGAUCAAUGUGUGUAUCCUGGUGGACGCGGACAGGUGCUCGCUUUUUCUUGUCGAGGGACCCGCGCACAAGAGGACACUGGUGUCCAAAUUCUUUGAUGUGCACUCGGGUACCACAGUCAGACCAUCCUCCAGCACACUCAACUCCAAUGAGGUGCAGGUGCCGUGGGGAAAGGGUAUCAUCGGAUAUGUGGCAGAGCAUGGGGAGACUGUGAACAUCUCUAAUGCAUAUGAGGAUCACCGCUUCAGUGAUGAGAUAGACAAGUUAACAGGCUACAAGACUCAGUCCAUCCUCUGCAUGGCCAUCUGUAACAGUGAUGGAGAAGUCAUUGGUGUUGUACAAGCAAUCAACAAAAGUCCCAUAGGCACUCCCUUCACUGAGGAUGAUGAGAAGGUGCUGCAGAUGUAUCUACCAUUCUGUGGAAUAUCGAUUUCCAAUGCCAAGUUGUUUUCGGAGUCUCGCAAAGAGUAUGAAAGGAGUAGGGCUCUGCUGGAGGUGGUCAACGAUCUGUUUGAGGAGCAGACUGACCUGGAGAAGAUAGUCAGGAAGAUAAUGCAGCGAGCCCUGACCCUACUACAGUGUGAACGUUGCUCUGUGCUCCUCCUGGAGGACAUCGACUCACCUGUUGUGAAGUUCUCCAAGACGUUUGAACUCAUGUCUCCCUUAUGCAACAUUGAUCGAGACAUCAGCAUGGAGAAGCUUUCAUGUUCUGAUUGGCUGAUCAAUAACAGCAUCGCUGAGCUGGUGGCUUCUACGGGACUGCCUGUUAACAUCAGCGAUGUGUGUCAGGACCCACGCUUUGAUGCUGAGGCGGAUCAGGCCUCAGGGUUUCACAUCAGAUCAGUGUUAUGUGUCCCUAUCUGGAAUCGAACUCAUCAGAUAAUUGGGGUCGCACAAAUUCUGAACCGACUGGACAGGAAGACUUUCAAUGAUGCAGAUCAGAGACUGUUUGAGGCAUUUGUGAUAUUCUGCGGACUUGGAAUCAACAACACUAUGAUGUACAAUCAAGUUAAGAAGACGUGGGCCAAACAGUCUGUAGCACUGGAUAUGUUGUCCUACCACGCUACCUGCUCCAAGGUAGAAGUUGACAGACUCAAGGCAGCCAAGAUCCCCCUGAGCAGUGAGUUAGGCAUCGAUGAGUUUCACUUCAACGACUUCUCUUUGGACAAUGACGCAAUGAUCACCGCGUCACUCCGAAUGUUUCUGGAACUUGGCGUCGUGCAGAAGUUUAAAAUUGACUAUGAGGUUUUAUGCCGCUGGCUUCUGACUGUGAGGAAGAACUAUCGAACUGUGGCAUAUCAUAACUGGAGGCACGCUUUCAAUGUUUCCCAGUGCAUGUUUGUUAUGAUCACAACAGCCAGUUUCCAGGACGUCUUGUCAGAUGCAGAGAUACUGGCCCUGAUGGUCGGCUGUCUGUGUCAUGACUUGGACCACCGAGGGACCAACAAUGCUUUUCAAGCCAAGACAGGUUCUGCUCUGGCUUUGCUGUAUGGGACAUCAGCCACCCUGGAGCAUCAUCAUUUCAACCAUGCAGUCAUGAUCCUACAAAGCGAGGGUCACAAUAUCUUUGCAAACCUGUGCUCUAAAGAGUAUAGCAACAUGAUGCAACUAUUGAAGCAGGCCAUUCUCUCCACAGACCUUACUUUGCACUUUGAGCGAAGGACCAAGUUCUUUGAGUGUGUUCUGUCUGGAGAAUUCAGCUGGACAGAUGAAGGACACAGAGAAGUUCUCAGGUCUAUGCUGAUGACAGCGUGCGAUCUCGGUGCCGUCACACGUCCUUGGAAGAUAUCCAAACAGGUUGCAGAGCUAGUGACGAGCGAAUUCUUUGAGCAAGGUGACAGGGAGAGAUCUGAGCUUAAGUUGACCCCAGCGGCGAUAUUUGACCGUAAUCGCAAAGAUGAACUACCUGCCUUACAGUUAGAGUGGAUCGAUGGGAUCUGUAAACCACUUUACCAGGCGCUGCUGAAGCUUAACAGGAAGUUGCAGCCAAUGGUCGAUGGGAUUGAUGCCAAUCGCAAGAAGUGGCAGGAACUCUGCUCAUCCUAUCAGCAGACACGCAGGGUCUUGAUGUCAAAUCAGAGUACUGAAUCAGAACAGAGUCCUGAGUCCCAUGAGGAUGCACAAACCAGCCAACACCUAGAGUCCACAGAGACUAUGAAGCUGGUUGAAAACGCCAAGUUUGCAUCAAAGUCUAAAUGCAGCCAGGAUCUGAAGUGCAGAAUAAACAAAGAUUCCUGUGACGAUCAACCAGCGUCAACUGGCAACACAACAUCUUCAGGAAAGAAGUAAAGCAAGCAAAGUGUUAAGUAUAGGUUUAUCAAUGGAACUCUUCCCAUGUGUACCUGGUGAAUUUCUAACACAUGCGUUACCCUAAAAUGAUUUUUAAAAAUCUGGGUAAGUUAAAUGCAGUUUUCAUCUGCCGAGCAUAUUGCUUCUCCUAAGUGUCACUGUGCUAAACUCAGGAGCGGGAAUAAUUUCCGUUUAUCAGACUUUAUUUAAAGGGCAGUUUCCCAUUUCUAUCUAUCUAUCUAUCUAUCUAUCUAUCUCUCUCUCUAUCUAUCUAUCUAUCUAUCUAUCUAUCUAUCUAUCUAUCUAUCUAUCUAUCUAUCUAUCUAUCUAUCUAUCUAUCUAUCUAUCUAUCUUUCUGAAAGCUUUUUAUUACUGAGAGGUAUUAGAAUGAGAGACUACUGUUGAAACCAAAGAGGGCCACUUAUUACUGUAAUGUUUUGUAAUGGGAACUGCCUCAAAAACACAAGCCCAUUGGAAUGCCUUUACAAAACAGAAAGGAAUCACUGUGAUUUCUGUCAGUCACAUAAAUUUCCAUUAUGAAUGUAGACCGGAGCCUUGACCCUGUUCCUGAAUGUUUUCUUACUGGUAGGCUGUCUUACCUCAGUUGUAAAUCUUAGGCUGCAUGGUGUUAUUUUCAGUGUUUUGGAGGUUAACUGAACCUUUUUGGCCGUCAACUUGUUCUGUGAAUUGCAUGUUUGUAUCAUGUGUGUGUAACCUCCAAAUUCCUUGGAAAAUUAUGGCACGGAGGAAUACAAUUAAGAAUACAAAUACUUCUGUUCUAUGGUUUUAAAGGUAACUUACUGUAAAAUGAUGGUUCACUUUAUAAAUUUAUAGUUUUUAAUUAUAGUAAUUCUUUAUUUUUCACUUGAAUGACACAAAAACAUAACUGUAAGUCUGUUCAUUUAUUUUUUUCCCCCCAUUCUACUCUCUCUUUAGAGGUGCCCAUGACACCAUUCAUAUGCAUUAGCUGAGCAAAGUUUGGCUAAUUUCAUUGUUUAGCAUAUCUUUAAACUGCACGCAGCAGCAUGAAAAACAUCCAUGUUGUCUCACUUUGGGUAAGAAUGAAUAAUGUAAACUGAGCUAUGCCUUUUAAAGAUUUGUAGUGUAUAGUAUAUACAGUAUGUAAAAUGCCUAAAUAGAAGCUUUAAGGUUUACAUAAAGCAAAAUAUGUAUAUAUGCAGGCAUUUGUUUCUGUUGUUUGAGCUUUAUCAUCACUGUGUUUUGUAAUUCAGACCAAACAGCAUGCUGAUUAUGUUGAAACCGCAUGUAUCAUGUUUGAUGUUGACACUGGACAUUAUCUUGAUGCCUUUGACUGCCCUAUGAGAUUUGCUUUGCAUGAAAUUACUGUAAGGGAACUAUUCAGUGUUGUUACGUAAGAAUAUUGUAGCUGCACUAUUGUUGUUGAGAACAGAUACAGAUUUCUAUUUUCGAUCGCAGACUGUACCAAAAUUAUACAUUCAUUAUUUUUCAUACACUGGACUCUAUAUUUAUGCAAGAUGUAGAAUUGGCAUUUUCUCCUGCUAUUUAUACACUGUCCACUAAAAAUACAUUCUUAGAGAAGACAAGAAAGUGCUACAUUUCAGAUGAAAGGGAGUGAGUUAACUCCAGCUGAUUUUGUGAAUAAAAUGCUGUGGCAUGGAACCUGA